AGUCUGGCGAUCACAGGGAAUUUUACAGGGUGACCACCGACCAGAUCUCUUAAAUAAGAAGAGGGGUUCAUCCUUCUGUAGUCGCCUUCCUUUAGACGAAUUUGAGCUUUAGACUCGAACUCCAGCACACCAGGAACUCUCUUCUGAGCCCAAAGAUUGGCUAAAAUUUUGUUAUUGACAGCAAUAACCCCAUAAAAGGACUGGUUCGCAAAGAUUAAACAGAAUGAUAAGAGGAUUUAUUUUCGUCUGUCUUUUUAUGGCGGCAUGGGCUCAUCCGAUGCUUGAAGGCACACUAGAUGAUUCGUCAUCCGAAGUUUCGCUUGAAUCGGACGAAUCGGCAGAAAGCACUGAAGCGACCAUCGUUCCAUCCGGAAGCCCGUCAAAUUUGACAGCCGAGAUGCAGCAACUUAUGCAACUUGAAAUUUUUAACAAAACGAAAAACAACGAAACGGGAUCUUUAACAACUCAUAAAGUCGGCAGUUCAUCCAUAGCCCAGCAACUUCAGCCGGUCGCCAUCCGCCCUUUCUUUUACCCGACAGCGUUCUCACCUUAUUUCUUCCGAGCUGGUCCAUACCAAACAGGCUAUUAUCGCCCUUAUCUGAUGCCCGUUUUGAAUCCGUUUUAUCCAACAAAUCCAGCUACCGUUCAGGAUGAAGAAAUUUUGACGGCCAGACAGCCUUUUCCCGUUGACGACGAACUGAGUGAAGAGGAUGCACUCAAAGAACUUGAAGCCAUUAAAAAAGAGAUGGCCGAAGAUGCUGCCGCUAAACGUCACCAAGAUAGGCUGCUGCUCCCCAGCAUUUCGGUCAAUCCAGACCAUUCAUCUGUAACUGUUUCGUUAAAGAGCUUCGCUUCACUUUUACGAUCUUUAAACUCACGCGUGACCGUUACUUUGGCUACUAGAACGAUUCUUGUACCCAAUGUUUCGAUUAUUAACAACUGAUUAAACUGUUUCGUAUUUACUUGAUGUGAAAUUUUAAAUUGAUUAUAGGAUAUAUGGCACUCUUUCUCUUCUACAAUAAAAAAAAGUGUUGCUAAAUCGGACAGUUUUUCAUUGUUGCAUUUUUUUAGGUUAUUUGGUUCCAUUUCCACAAUGAAUAAAAAAUAUUUUUCCCUCUUUCAAA